AUGUCAAAAAAUUUGAUCUGUCUCAAGUCUGAAUUAGACUUGUUUCAAGAUGUUCCGAUGCAGUUAGGAAUUGAUUCAUCAACGUUUGUUGAAAUCCAUCCAAUUGCUUCGUUGACAGAACAUUCUCCGAUUGAAUUUUUGAUCAGUAGCAGCGGAAAUCAGUAUGUGGAUAUCUCUCAUACGUUACUACAUUUGCAAUUACAAGUUUUAAAAGCUGAUGACACAUUACUUACAGAUACUGAAAAACUUAAAGUUGCUCCUAUAAAUUACUUAUUAAACACUAUAUUUUCAGAAUGUGGUGUAUUUUUAAAUGACAAACAAGUUUCGACUCAGGUAAAUUACGCAUACCGUUCAUAUCUUGAAAGUUUGUUGUUUUAUUCAAAAAAUGCUCAUGAUAGUUUACUGACUACAUCAUUUUUUCACAAAGAUACUGCUAAUCAUCAUGAUUCCAUAACAGCUGAUAAUGUAGGUUUUAAAAAAAGAUCUGAACUGAGUAAUCUUAGUAAAGUAAUUGAUUUGAUUGGACCAAUUCAUUUUGAUUUAGCAAAUCAACCGAAACUUUUAAUUCAUGGAGUUUCAGUCAGAAUAAAAUUGGAGCGAAACAAAAAUAGUUUUUGUUUAAUGUCUGCAACUAAUGAUUUCAAAAUAAACAUUCUUUCUGCAAGUCUAUAUGUACGAAAAGUAAACAUCGCACCUUCUAUUAUUGUUGCCCAUGAAAAAGCUUUGGAAAAAGGAGUAAUAAAAAUGCCAAUAAGAAGAGUAGAAAUUAAAUCUUUUUCUCUUUCGGCUGGGAUUGCUUCCGAACAUAUCGCAAAUGCUUUUCUUGGACAAUUACCAAACCGAUUGAUAAUGGGGUUAGUUUCAAAUGAGGCAUAUAAUGGAGCAUAUUCAAAGAAUCCAUUUAAAUUUCAUCAUUUUGACUUAUCAUAUUUAGCUGUGCUUUAA